ACCGGAAGCGGCGGCCGGGCUGCUAUGGAGACGGUAGAGGAGCGGCCGGGGCUGGCGGCCACGCUCCGGGCGCUGAACGCGGCGCUGGGACGGCCCGCGUCGCUCUGGGUGAAGGAGAGCAGCGCCCGCAACCUGCGGCACCGCGACUUCCUGGCGCCGCGGGCCGCGCUCGGGGCCGCCUACGCCGGGGGGCAGGUGCCCUCCGAUGUCAUCGCGGCCGUGACGGCGCUGGGGGGCCCGGGGGUGCUGGCGGUGCGCGGCUGCCGGCAGACGGCGGCGGGGCUGGAGGUGCAGCUGCGGCGCUGCGAGGCCUUCCGGCGCUUGCUGGGCCACCCGCCCGGCCCCGGCCCCGCCCCCCUGCCCGGCCCGGAGGCAGCGGUGGUGCUGCACUGUCCGGCCCUGCGGUGCCCCGGCAGCGUGACGCCCCGCCACCUGCGCCCCGUGCUGCUCGCUGACCACCUGGCCCAGCUGCUGCGCGCCCAGGGGGUCAGCACGUUCCUGGUCCCUGCUGUCACCGACAAGCGGAGCCGGGAGGUCCUGCAGCAGCUCCGUGUGGAAUGGCCCUCCAGCAGCACACCCGGCCCUGAGACUGUGUCAGCCUUGAAGCAAGCGCUCAGCCGGUGCCCCUAUGCCACACACUGUGAAAGGAGAUCAGGUGUGGCCUCGCAGCCUGAGGACAUCAUCUGUAAAGUACACCUGAAGAGUUUUGUGGAGCAGCAGGGCCUGGAAGGCUAUGACCCCAACCUGGGAGUCCUCCUUGUUACAGAGGAGAAGUUGCGGUCCCUGGCUGAACUGCAGCAAGCUGUACUGCAGGGCACGCAGGCAGGGUGCCAGGAGAGCUGCUGCAGUGUGGUGCACGUGGUGAGCUGCGAGGAGGAAUUCCAGCAGCAGCAGAUGGAUCUGCUGUGGAGGAUUUUGGAUCCAGGAGCCCACAUGGAUUUGCAGAAGCACCUUGUCUGUGGACCAGUGAAGGUGACAAAACCUGUAUCCCCCAUCAGUGCAGACCAGUACUUUCAGCUCAGAAAACGCCAGAUGUAUGAUGCCUCUGUCAUGAAAUAUGGGGAGCUUGCACAAGAUGAAGCCUGGACGGAGGUUAUUGAUAUCCUGACGGUGGCUGCCAUCAGGUUUGAGAUGCUGAGCACUGCCCACCGGAGCCAGAUUACCCUGGACCUGGAGGACAGCAGCAUCUCUACAAAGGGAACCAAGAGUGGUGCCUUUGUGAUGUACAACUGUGCCCGGCUGGCCACACUCUUUGACACCUACCAGCGGGCUGUAGAGCGAGGGACAUACCCACCUCUGCCACCAGCAUCAGAACUGAACUUCUCCUGCCUCCGGGAAGAGGGUGAAUGGCUCCUCCUCUUCAGCUACCUCUUGCCCUUCCCAGAAGUCCUGCAGCAAGCAGCACAGCUGCCCCCACCCAGCAAGGGGCUCCGGAUCACAGCCAACACAGAGGCAGUGUGCAAGUUCCUGAUCCAGCUCAGCAUGGAUUUCAGCUCCUACUACAACCGGGUCCACAUUCUCGGGGAGCCGUUCCCUCACCUCUUCGACCAGAUGUUUGCUCGCCUCCGGCUGCUGGGAGCAGUGAGGGACAUGUUCCAUAGUGCCCUGGCGACUCUGCACCUCCCUCCUCUCAGUCAGAUCUGAGCCACCGCUGAAGACUGUUGCCGUGGAGUGACAAACAGCAGUGCUGCAAGGGGCAGAACAGGGCACUUCCUCCCAGGCCGGGCACCGGGCUGCCUGUUGGUCAGGAACUGGGAGCUGAGGUCCAUCUGAGCCUCAGCGUGGGGCUCCUACUGCCCAGUGCCCAUGUUUUGAGGGCAUACUUAAGUUGAAAGGAAGGAAGCACAAGGGACCAGAGCACCCAUAAAGCCAGGUACCAAUCUGUUCCCUCAAAGCUGUUUAUUGAAGGGGAGCUCUGUGCUGGCAGAGAGCUCCUGAGCUUCAAGGGCUGCUGCCCUGCCUCGUGAUGUGUCCUGACAUUAGGGCUGAAUACAGUUAUUGCUGGACAAACA